AUAAAAUAAAAGAUGAAGCGACUAUGUUGUAGUCAUUUCUGAUGAAAUGAAACGUAGAUGAUCUAUCUUGUCUUUGUCAACUUAGUUGACGAAAUCAAAAUGGCGUCUUUCACGGGAUAACGCAUAUCCGCCGCACACUGGACAGUUUUAAUUAUCGUGGGUGUGACUAAUAUAAGUGAAAAGGAUUACAAGUGAACAAUAAUAUAGUGCCAAACUAUUUAAGUGCCUAAAAUAUUCAGACUUAAGUUUCUUAUCGUUGCUAUACAGGACUAUUUGCAAAGAGGAGCGCGCGCGCUUCUACACGAUGAGUACAGGCGGUUGAGGCGGCCGCGCGCGCCACUACAGACAUGUCGUUCUUUAAUAAUCUUAAGAAGGUGCUCCACCUCGGCGGCGGCAAUGACGCGAAGAAGAAAAAGGUGUUCAACAACAUCCGCGACAACAGCGACCCCACCGAGAUCUGGGACAUGGUCGGCGAGCUGGGCGAUGGCGCGUUCGGGAAGGUGUACAAAGCGCAACACAAGACCACCGGGCAGCUCGCCGCCGCCAAGAUGUGCGUGCUCGACAACGAGGACGACCUCGCCGACUUCACCGUCGAGAUCGACAUCCUCAGCGAGUGCCGGCACCCCAACGUGGUGGAGCUGCACGAGGCGUACUUCAUCGAGAACAAGCUGUGGAUGCUACUAGAAUACUGUGAUGGCGGCGCUCUCGACUCCGUGAUGUCCGAGCUCGAGAAAGGCCUCAGCGAGAAGCAGAUAGCCUACGUGUGUCGUGAGAUGACGCGCGGCCUCGAGUUCCUACACUCGCGGCGCGUCAUACACCGCGACCUGAAGGCCGGCAACGUGCUAGCCACCAUGCAGGGCGGCGUCAAGCUGGCGGAUUUCGGCGUCUCGGCGAAGAAUAAGUCCACACUGCAAAAGCACGACACGUUUAUCGGUACGCCGUACUGGAUGGCGCCCGAAGUGGUGCUGUGUGAGACGUUCCGGGACAACCCGUACGAUUUCAAGGUGGACAUCUGGUCUCUAGGCAUCACCCUGAUCGAGUUCGCGCAAAUGGAGCCUCCGAACCACGAGAUGACACCGAUGCGCGUCCUGCUCAAGAUACAGAAGAGUGAGCCACCCACGCUGGAACAGCCCAGCAAGUGGAGCCACGCCUUCAACGAUUUCAUCGCUAAAGCACUAGUCAAGGACCCUGAAAAGAGGCCAACCUCCAGCGAGCUGCUCAAGCAUGAGUUUGUCUCCGGCAACCUGGACUCGAAGCCUCUCCGGGACCUGCUGCUCGAGUACCGGGCUGAGGUGGUUGAGGAAGAACUUCUGGAUGAUGAUUCUGAGGAACAUCGCAGCUCUCAGAUGCAAAUGGAGAUGGAAGAUGACUCGACCUCGGUGCGGUCGGCGGACACGCCGGACGUCAAAAUGUCCGAGCAGGAGCCUGCCGCCGGCGCGACGCCCGCCCCCGCCGCCGCCCCCGCGCCGCCCUCCCCCCGCGCGGCCGCCCCCGCGCCGCCCGCGCCCCCCGCCGCAGCCCCCGCCGCCGCCAAGCGCCCCCACACCGAAGACCAUGUGCCCGCUGACAGGAAACCCGCCCCAAAGAAGGAGAAAGGCCCCGCGCCUUUGCCGCCGGGCGCGUCCCCGCCGGCCUCCCCCGCGCCCGCCCCCGCUACCCCCGCCCCCGCUCCCGCCCCCUCCGCGCCCCGCAAGCCCCCCGCACCUCCACCGCCGCAGCAGGCCGCCGGCGAAUUGCUAGUCGAUCAGGUGUGUCGAGAGGCGGAGAGAGCGGUAGAAGAAAAACAGAAAACGCCCCAGAAAAAAGACCCGAAAGACAAACCGAAACCCGAGCCGAGCCCCGAAAAGGAACCUCCCCGAACGGAGCAGCAGAAUUCCAUCGAGAAGGACGUUAGAGUUAAAAGCAGACCUAGUUCCAUAGUCAGCGAUUCCAGCACGGAAGGAAAGAAAUACAUCAGGACAGACUCCAGCGAGGGGAAGAAGUAUUCCAGAACGAAUUCGGUAGAGAAGGCGGUUGUGGAGAUUGAGAACAGAACUAGGGAGGAGAGUAGGGGGAAGAGCAGAGAACGGCACAGAGAAGAGAGUAAGAGUAUAGAGACGAAUGCUGUUGAAAUUAGGCCUGUUACGCCGCCACAACCCAAAGAGGUCCACAAGCCAUCAGCGCCGCCCGUACCCGCCGUCGCCCAGCAAGUGGUGACCGUGGCCACGCCGGUGCUGGUGGCCGUGAGCGAGCGCGUGUCGCUGCUGGUGGAGCCCGUGGAGCCCAACUCGCUGGCCGCCACGCCCGCCGGCCUGGUCACCGUCACCACCACGCACCCGCCCGUGAUGGCCGCCAACGCUCCCGUGAGUAUACAUAGUGACCUGGCCACGCCGGUGCUGGUGGCCGUGAGCGAGCGCGUGUCGCUGCUGGUGGAGCCCGUGGAGCCCAACUCGCUGGCCGCCACGCCCGCCGGCCUGGUCACCGUCACCACCACGCACCCGCCCGUGAUGGCCGCCAACGCUCCCGUGAGUAUACAUAGUGACCUGGCCACGCCGGUGCUGGUGGCCGUGAGCGAGCGCGUGUCGCUGCUGGUGGAGCCCGUGGAGCCCAACUCGCUGGCCGCCACGCCCGCCGGCCUGGUCACCGUCACCACCACGCACCCGCCCGUGAUGGCCGCCAACGCUCCCCUCCCGCCCAACGCCGUCACUAUUUCAACGACGCCGCCCAUCGCGGACGAGGUGGUAAUCGUCGGCGCGGGCUCGUCGUCCGACGACGACUGUUUCGCUCCCUCGUCGCUCGACUCGCUCGACUGCACUAACUCAUACACAGAGAAAACUCGAGGCCGCCGGUUGGACAGCAGCGAGGUGCUGAUACUGAGCCCGGGCGCCGCUGGCGACUCGGGCGUAUUCGAUGACAGCGUCAACAAUGUCAAUAUCAACGACACCUCGCACGUGUCGGUGGUGACGGUAGGCAGCGAGGAACCGCGCGUGCGGGACUCGGCCGCGCCCGGCGCCGGCGCCCGGGUGGCGCGCCUCAGCCCCGACAGCUUCGAGAGCAGGAGAUCACAGUCGGACAGCGGGUCGGUGGCGUCGGAAGGGUCCCGGCGAGGCGCCGACGCGGACUCGCUCGCCACCUCACACUCGCACGACUCGCGCCGCUACUCUAACCCCAACAACGGCGUCAUAGUGAACCAGGACAGCCAAGUCCUAGAGAAUGGCAACCAAGAAGAACAUGUAGUGCUCCGAAGAAAAAACCAAGAUGGUCAGCCAAACAACAGGAUACAAAAGUCGAAAGAAGACAUCCACAUGGCUAACCUCAAGAAGAAGACGAGGAAACGCACGAGAAAGUUCGAGAUAGAUGGCGUGAUGGUCACCACCACCACUUCCAAAGUGAUAUGGGGUGACGAGGAAAGCGGCCGCACGUGGGACGACCACGCGCUCCGCAAGCAGGAGCUGCGCGAGAUCAAGAUGCUGCAGAAGCAGGAGCAGAAGCAGUUCCAGGACCUCAGCGCCAAGGAGCAGCAGCUGCGCGAGCAGCAGGACAAGCGAUUCGAAGCGGAGCUGGCGUCCCUAGCGCGCGCGCACGAGACCGACCUGGAGACGCUGGCGCGGGCGCAGCGCGCCGCCGCCGAGCGCGCCGAGCAGCAGCUGGAGGCCGAGCUGCGGCAGGCCGCCAAGCGGCUGCGCGCCGAGCACGAGCGCGACCUCAGGCACUUCAGGGACCAGCUCAAACAGGAGCUGCGGCUGCUCAAACAGGAAGUGGAGCUAGUAUCAAAGGACCGUCGCAAGGAGGCGUACAGACAGCGGCGAGCGCGGCUCGACGCCGAGCACGCCGAGCGCGAGCGUUCGUUCGUGGCGUCGCUCGCUGAAGCCGGCGACGCGCUGCUGCGGCGCAUGCACGAGCACCACCGCGAGCGGCAGGCGCUCACCGACACGCAGUACCUGCAGCAGCGGCAACAGAUAAUGCGAACCCGCGAAGCGGCCCUCUGGGAGUUGGAAGAGAAGCAGAUCCACGAGCGGCACCAGCUGGCCAAGCGACAGCUCAAGGAGGAGUUCCUGCUGCGGCGACACCAGAUGCUAGUCCGACACGACAAGGAACUCGAACAGAUCAAGAGGAAAAACACCCGCAAAGAGGAGGAGUUAGCCAAAGGCCAGGCGGUGGAGAAGCGCUCGCUGCCCAAGCGCAUCCGCGGCGAGAUGCGCGCGCGCGAGAUGAUGUUCCGCGAGUCGCUGCGCAUCGGCGCGCACCACGACGACGAGCGCGAGCGGCUCAAGAAGUUUCAAGAGAACGAAAAGCGGCGGUACCGCGCCGAGCAGCAGAGGUUGGCCACCAAACAUGCCAAGGCGAGGGAAGAGCUCAAGGCUGCCGGAGAGGCGUUGCUCCGCGAGCUCGAACAGUAUCAGAAUGAGAAGCGCAAGGCGCUCAUGAACCACGAGAGCAACAAGAUGAAGGCCGUCGAGGAGCGCUACUCGCACGAGCUCAAGGAGUGGCGCGCCACGCUCGGCGACCGCAAGAUGACGCUCAUUCAGAACUUCGCCAAGCAGCUGGACGAUCACGAGGCCAAGUACGGCAGGCCCAUCCCCGACCGCACUAUCUAUCUAGACGCCCCGUGGCCCAAGAAUGUCCUACAACACGUCCUAACAGCCUACCACCAGAGAAACUCCUUCAUGGGCUCCCUUAGCCGCUCAAGAACAAGUCUCAACUUGAUCGCUAGCACUCCAAACUCGACCCGACGCAGGAGCAUCAGCCCUCUUCAUCACCGAGCUACUAAAUCCGCUGCGACCAGCGCCAAUAACACCACCAAACGCGGCAAGCUCACUAAAGAACAGAGAUACGGAUCAACAUCUAAUCUUAAGCUGGUAUCUGAAAAAAUAUCAGGUUUCUCAGUAUUCUCAGGCCCAGACGAGAGAAGAGACCCGAUAAUGGCCUACGGAAACGAGUUCGAACCGAAACAGAGCAGCAUCGCCGAGGAAUCUAGAAGAAUAGAACGCUCGAAACCGGCUAUUAAUAAACCUGUAAUAAGAGCUAAGAGCCCUAACAUUAACAAGAAACUUAACAGGCAGAGUAUGUCCGAACAACUCUUCAGACUAACUGAGGAAACUGGCAUGAAGCGCAGCAUAUCUCAGCAGAGUUUGAAACAAGACAGAGCGCUGGAAGCGGUUAUGAUAGACCUCCCAUCCAUAGACAGCAAAUAUGACACAGUGAAAAGCACCAGCACUGUAGCCACGUGCUCUUCGCACGAAGGAAGCGAUUUAGACUACGAUGCAGUGUUGACUAAGCACUUUAGUAGGUGGGGGCCUGUUCGAGGUUCCAAUACGUACAGUGAUUCGGCGAGCGUGCCAGUCAGUCAGCUGUCCACGGUCAAUCUGAAGACGUUGAAGAAUGACGGACCCCCGGAUACGACCGCGUAGACUAGU